AUUAUCUUCAAAUGCAACCGGAUUUACCACCACAACAUUGUAAGAUUUAACUACACUACAUAUGAUGUUCGGAGGGAUCAGGAUGUCAUAAAUCUGAAGACUCCCCAUUGUAACAUCAUGCUUCUCAAACACCAUGACAAUGACUACGACGGCAAAUUCCAGUAUGCUAAAGUUCUUGGAAUUCACCACAUGAAUGUCAUCUGUGCAGGGAAUGUGUAUGAAUCCCGCCGAUUAGAGUUUCUCUAUGUUCGGUGGUAUGAACCAGUACAAAGCCACUCAUGGGAGACAUGCACCUUAGGCCACGUUUGUUUCAUGCCUCUAGCAAAUCAGAACACAUUUGACUUCGUAGACCCAGGAGUUGUCCUCCAGUCAUGUCAUAUCAUACCGGCUUUCUCUCGAGGCAAGCACAAUCCCAGUGAAUGCGGAAUUUCAGCUGUCGCAGGGGACAAACAUGACUGGCUUGAGUAUUAUGUCAAUAGGUGA